GUACACAUGGUAUGCUGGAAGAAGUUCCGAAAAAGAACUAUUGAUGAAAAUCCGUGAAACUGCGCAGACAUACCGUUAAUCCAGUGUGUGAACACAUCGAUUAUUUUGACGCAGGCGGAAGUUGUAGCCUGAUCAGUUUCAGUGUGUGAAAACAACGUAAAUACCAAUUCAUUUUGAGUUGUGGGGGAAAAGGUUGCAGAUGGGUUUGCUUUCAGGUGUCUCGAACUCUCUGUAAACGUUGGGUACCACAUUGGAUUUGCAGAUUGCAACAGAAGUCCGACUUGGGUACCUUUUUUUUUAAAUCAUUAAAUCAUCAGGCCUUGAACAAUAGGCCUGCCAUUUCUGGCCCACACAUGAGCACAGGCUACCUUUUUGACUGCGCUGAGCGCCAUGCCUGACCGGGAUAGCGCAUACCUGGUAGGUGGUGGUGGAGGUGGCAGUGGAGGGGGUGCUGGCACAGGGGUAGGGGAGGAAGUGGGCCCUGGGUCUGGCUUGACUGGGGGUGCAGACGGUCGAGGGGGAGUUGGGGGAAGCUCAGCUGGUGGGAACAGUGGUUCUGGGGCCAUGGGAUGCAGCGGUGCCCUGGGAAAUGGCCACACCUGCAGUGGAGCAAGUGGCAGCUUUGGCUCUGGCUUGUUAUCAGAUGGCGUUUGCCGUGACUUCUUACGAAAUGUGUGUAAGCGUGGCAAGCGCUGUCGUUUCCGCCACCCAGACUUCAAUGAAGUUCCUGACCUUGGUGCACAGAAGAAUGAGUUUGUCUUCUGUCAUGACCACCAGAACAAAGAGUGUGUGCGUACCAACUGCCGCUUUGUGCAUGGCUCCAAGGAAGAUGAAGACUACUACAAAAAGACUGGUGAGCUGCCACUGUGGCUGCGGUGGAAAGUGGCAGCAGGUCUGGGCCUGUCACUUACUGACCUACCACAGAACCGUGGUGAGGCUCCCAUAUGUAGAGACUUCUUGAAAGGGGAAUGUCAGCGGGGCAACAAGUGCAAGUUUCGUCAUGUGCGGAAGGACCAUGAGCACGAAGCUUCACGGUUCAGUGCAGUGGGGAUGAUGGGUGUCUCAAGUGGGGUGGGUGGAAUAGUGAAUGCAAGUGGUGGAGGUGUAGCCUGUGGUGGGGUGUCAGGAUUGGUUGGAGCUAAUGGAGGAAGUCUGAUGGGGAUAGGAAGCCCCAACAUCGGAGGGUGCAGAGAUCAGGGAUUGUGUGGGGGUGGAGGAGGAGGUUCCAUGGGAAGUUGUCUAUCCCUGGGGGCUGCUGGACAACGGCGCUAUGACAGGGGUCCAUGUUCAGUUUAUGAAUCACUGUUUGAGAAUGGACUGUUUGAUCCUGGGCCACUGGAGAGCCCUGUUGACCACGCAGCUCUUCAGCUAAAGAGAAGACGAUUGGAAGGGCUGCGGUUGGCUGAUGGGACUGGGGGAGGCCACUAUGAUUUAGGGGUACAGGCCGCACUUUCCACCCGGCCUCUGGAGUAUCGCCUAUUGGAGGAGGAAAAUGCUUUGCUGAGGAAGCGAGUGGAAGAGCUCAAGAAACAGGUCUCCAACUUGAUUGCUACCAAUGAAGUCUUACUGGAGCAAAAUGCUCAAUUCCGCAGCCAGGCAAAGGUCAUGACCUUGUCCUCAACACCCACACCAUCAGAACAGAGUCUGGCCCCACCUGUUGGUUCAGUGAGCUCAUACAACCAUGGCAUCGCACAGACUCGUACAACUUUGAGCAGCGCUGGACUACAGCCACGUGCUGUAACCCAGCAGGAACUGGUGGCCCCUGCCGGUGCCCCUGCUGGUGCUCCCCCAGCCAAUGCUGCACCCCCUCCUGCUGCACCCCCUCCUCCUCCACCCCAUCUGAACCCUGAGAUCGCUCCACUCUCGGCUGCUCUCGCCCAGACCAUUGCACAAGGUAUGGCACCACCUGUUUCCAUGGCACCCGUGGCAGCCUCUGUGGCCCCUGUUGCUGUCUCCAUGGCACAGCCGCUGCCGGGCAUCACCAUGAGUCACGCCACCACGCCGAUGGUGUCAUACCCCAUUGCCAGUCAGAGUAUGAGAAUCACCACCAUGCCACAUUAACACAAACUCAGAUACAUGCAAUCAUUCUUUUUAACUGUAAACAUUUUUUUUUCUCACACCCAAAUUUGUGGUGCAGUUUUACAACAUAAGUAUUGUAUACAGUAUUUACAUAAACAGUUUCUCUGUGGACAUUUCACAAAUGGCUAACACAACACUGGCAACUUGUGGAAACAAGUUUUUUUGUUGUUGUUGUUUUUUUUUUUAUUAAUUUAUCAGACUCCUUGGUAAACUUGACCAGUUUCUUAUAUUCCAUACAGUUGUUUGACAGAGAGUCCACAAACUAGUUAGUGUUUGUGCUAAAGGCACAUAUUUUUAUAUUUUGAAUGGACAACAUGGUCCUUUUUCUCAUGAAAAAAUGUUGUGCAUUAGCUUCUUGGAAAGAAGUUGUGAAUCUGUUAACUCUAAGCUUUGGUUAGUUGUUUUGUUGAUUUUGCCUUGUCAUUCUUAAUCUUUUUACACAAAUGGAAUAAAAGAUCAACCUGUAUAAAAUUUGUGGUCAUUAUAUUGUGUUUCUUUACUGUAUAUAUUGUGCAAGCACAAGCUUAUCAGUGGGAUUAAAAUAAAAUAACAAUGCUGUUUAUAUAACCACUAUACAUGUACAUAAUAUGGUCAAAAGUGAAAAAAAGGACACCUGACCUUCACAGCCAUGAAGCUAACUGCCUUCCCCAAACUGUAGCUACAAACUUAGAAGCACACAAUUGUCUAUAAUGUCUUUGUAUGCUGUAGCAUUUAUAUUUCCUUGCAGCAUGACGGUACCCCUGUAUACAAAGUGAGAGCAAUGAAAACAUUGUUUUGUCAAAGUUGGUGUGGAAGAAAGUGAGUGGCCUUCACAGAACCCAGAUCUCACCUGCAGGAACACAUUUGGGAUGAAUUGGAAUAAUCGCAGCACACCAGGCCUUUUUGUCUGACAUCAGUACCCAACUGCUUACACUUUAGUGGCUAAAUCGGCACAAAUCUCAUAGCCACAUUCCAAAAUCUAGUGGAAGCCCUUCCCAGUAGAGUGGAGACUGUUAAAGAAGCAAAAGUGGAACAACUCUGUAUUAAUGCCCACAGUUUUGGAAUGGGAUGUUCAAUACUCGGGUGUCCACAUACUUUUGGACAUAUUUUGUACAUAUAGUGGAUAUAAAAUGUCUACAUACCCCUGUUAAAAUUGUUGGUUUCUGUGAACCAAGAUAAAUCAUGUCUGAUCUUUUUCCACCUUUAAUGUAAUAGUAUCCAACAGAAUUCAAGUGAAAAACAAAUAGAAACUUUUUAGAAAAAUGUUUUUUGAUAAUACAGACCUUUUGGGUAUGAGUCUACCAACUUAGCAAAUCUUGAUUUGGCAAUUUUAUUCCACUUUAUUCUAUGCAAAAUUGCUCUAGAUGGGUCAUUUUGAGGGGAUCUCCUGUGCACAGUCCUCUUCAAGUCAUUCCACAGUUUUUCGAUAGGAUCUGGGCUAUUCCAUAACAUGUCUGUUUUGACUUGGAUUUGUGCUUUUGGUUGUUAUUGUGCUGUACAGUGAAAAUCUUUUUCAUCUUCAACUGUCUAACAGAGGCCUACAGGUUGCGUGCUAAAAUAGAUUGGUAUUUGGAGCAAAACAUGAGUCCCUCCAUUUUGACUAGAGCCCCAGUCCCAGCUGACAAGAAGCGGCCCCAUAGCAUGAUGUUGCCACCACUGUACUUCACAGCAGGUAUGGUGUUCUUUGGGUGAUGAGCUGUCUUGAAUUUGCACCAAAUGUUCUACCUUGGCCUCAUCAGACCAUAGCACAUUUUGCCACAUGGUUUAGAGUGAUUUAGGCUUGAAUAUCAAUUUUUUUUUUUUUUUUUUCUGUGAGGAAGUGCUUCCGUCUAGACAAACUACUCCAUAGCCCAGACAUGUGAAGAGUAUGAGAGAUUUUUGUCACAUGCAGGGCAUGACCAGUACCUGACAGAUUUUCCUGCAGCUCCUUUAAUGAUGCUGUAGGUCACUUGGCAUCCUCCCUGAUAAGUUUUUCUUCUUGUUCUUCUGUCACUUCUAGAGGGAUGUCCUACUCUUGUUAAUGUCACUGUGGUGCCCCAUUUCUCCUGAUGGCCUUAAUGGGUGUUCCAUGGUACAUCUAAUGUUUUAGAAGUUAUUUUGUACUCCUCUCCUGAUUCAUAACUUUUGACAGUGUGAUCCCAUACAUGUUUUGUUAGCUCUUUGCAGACCAUGGCUUCAGCAGUCAUAUGAAGCCUAGAAAAUCCUAAAGAAACAGCUGAUCAUUAUUUGGUCCUAAUCAGAAUCACUUCAUUGAUAGGUGUGUGAUUAUUAGUUUUGAAAAUGACUUUGAAUGUGACCUGCACCAAUAUAAAAAGGUAUGUACACUUAUGCUUGAGAACAUACUGUUUUGCUUUCUUCUUCUUCUUCUUAAUAAUAAUAAUAGUAAUAAUAAUAAUAUAACUGCCUAGUAACAAUAAUAAUAAUAAUAAGAAACUUUAUUUUAUAAAGCGCCUUUAAAGCAGCUUCUCAAAGCGCUGUACAUAAAAUCACAGUCCACAGAAAAAUAAAACAAAUAAAAGUUAAUAAGAACAAAAACAACAUUAUUAAUAAUACAAAUAAUUAUAAAACAAUCUAAAAAGACAUCAGCAGUCGAAUGCAAGUUUAAAAAAGUGUGUCUUGAGAAGAGCUUUAAAAAUGCCAAAAGUCUGGGCUUCCCUGAGUUCAGGAGGAAGAGAGUUCCAAAGUGAAGAAUCAUAGACAGAAAAAGCCCUGUCACCCAUAGAUUUUAGGUGUGUUUGUGGAACAGUUAACAGAAUACACUGGGAGGAGCGCAGUCUGCAAUUUGGGGUGUAAGGGAUUAAUAAACCAGAUAAGUAUUGCGGAGCCAAUCCAUGUAAUGCCUUGUAUGUCAACACCAUGAUCUUGAAAUCGACACGGAACCUGACCGGGAGCCAGUGUAAGGACUUCAAAACAGGAGUAAUAUGGUCACAUUUCCUGGUUCCCGUCAGGAUCCGGGCGGCAGAGUUCUGAACAUAUUGCAGUUUGUUUAUUGCGGUUUUAGAUACUCCGGCUAAAACGGCAUUACAGUAAUCCAGCCGUGUGACAACAAAUGAAUUAAUCAACUUUUCAGCGACAGAUAAGUUUAGCAUUGGGCGUAGUCUGGCUAUAUUUCUGAGAUGAAAAAAGGAUGCCUUCACAGUGCCCUGAACAAAAAAAUCAAAACUGAGGCUGGGGUCAAAAAUUACACCAAGGUUCCUCAUCUUACUUUGGGUCUCUAAAACAGAGCCAUCAACAAACAGAGACAGUGGAGCCGCUUUGCGAAUUUGAUGACGGGAACCUAUAAGCAUAACCUGUUUUCCCGCUGUUCAGGCACAGAAAGUUAUUGUUCAUCCAUGUUUUUAUCUCAGAAAUACAGUCAGAAAGAUAACAAGCAUCAAUGUUUUCACCAGAUUUAGAGUGAAUGUAGAUUUGGGUAUCGUUGGCAUAAAAGUGAUAAUGGAGGCCAAGCGAUCGCAGCAGAUGUCCAAGUGGAGAUAGAUAAAUAUUGAAGAGUAGAGGGCCUAGAACUGAACCCUGAGGAACACCAGUGAGCACUGAGCAAGUGUCAGACCUAAAGCGACACAUAGAAAUAAACUGGAAACGGUCAGUAAAAUAGGAUUUAAACCAGUUUAAAACUGUCCUGGACACACCAAAAACACUUUCAAGGCGGGUAAG